AUGGUUGACACAAAUACACGCCGUUCAGGAAGGGUAGCCCCCAGUGUCAUUCGGUCGGAAACGUUCCUUUUCGCCCUUGUGGUUGUUGCUCUGGGUGUCAUUGUGCCGUAUUACACUGGGCGCCAUGGGCCUGCAAUAGCCACGUACCAAAAUGCUACUUCAGUGCCAUCGACGGUCAUCUCUCCUGCUUCUGAACCCUCUCAUAUGAUUGGAUCACCUCAACAUCCAGAGCCCGGCCAGCAACAAUAUUCCACACAUCUGCCUCAUGCAGUACCGGUCGCAGCAGUGGUCCAGCCUCCAACUCCGGCUCCCAUUACAUACAUUGUCCCCUUUGUGAUCUCAGCUGUCAAGGGGGGUUUCAGGUUCCUCCAGCGCAUCUCCAUAUAUGCACUUAAUAUUGUGCAUGCAGCCGUGUUCCGUCCUCUGAGGCUCCCCCUGGCCAUGGUAUGGUCAGUCCUCCGACCGGUGACUCUUCUUCUCGAGAUUGUCUAUAUCCUCUUUAUUCGAACCACUUUCUCCAUCAUCUCUUGGUUUGUCACGGAAGCAAUAUAUCCGCUAUACGUAUUCUUCGGGGUUGCAGCCCUCCUAGGAGGUGGUGUGGGCUACAUGGCCUCCUAUCUCCCUGCAGCGUUGAACUUCGGCAUCACGCAAAUACGCGCUUCCGGGUUCUCGUUCACUCCUCCGAAGCCUGCACAUGCGGUGGAACGAGUGACCGCUAAACCCACUAUGAGAGGAUCUGACCGCGGCGACGACGUGAAGGCGGAAGAAGAGUAUGCGGAAACAUGGCGGAGGACUCAAGGAUACGUUUCUGGGUUUUGA